AUGGAGACAGCCCUUUCCACCCCUAAUAAUAUCCAGAUAUGUGAGGUGACCUGCGAUUCCUUCCGCAUCGCCUGGGACAUGACCCCUGAGGAUACUGCCAGGGCCACACACUUCUUCAUAGACCUGAGCCGCAAAGAGGGCGGGGAUCCCAACCGCUUCAAACACAGGGAUGUGCCCACCAAACUGGUGGCCAAGGCAGUGCCUUUACCCAUGGCAGUGAGAGGUCAUUGGUUCCUGAGCCCACGGACAGAGUACUGUGUUGCUGUGCAGACUGCAGUGAGACAGGCAGACGGAGAGUACCUGGUGUCUGACUGGAGCCAGGUGGUCGAGUUCUGCACAGGGGAUUAUGCCAUGGACCACCUCAAACAGCUCCUUGGUAAAGCACAGGGUUCUGCUGGAAGAUUGCUGCGGUUCUCUGUGUUCUAUCGCAACCAGCACCCUGACUACUUCCACUAUGUCAGAACUGAGUGUGGGGGGCUGAUACGCCCAGCUCUGAAAGACAAUAGUGGAAGUCACGGCUCCCCUAUCAACAGCAAACUGCAGGGAGUCUUCCUCAGUUGCAACACUGAGUUUGACACAGGUCUUCCUCCAAACGACUCCCCCUACGGCCCCCUGCGUUUCCAGAUCCCGGCCGGGAACCUGCUGAAUCCCAACACCAAUCUUUACUUUGCUGACUUCUACUGUAUGUACACAGCCUAUCACUACGUGGUGUUGGUACUGGCCCCUUCUGGCUCAGAGGGGGAUAACUUCUGCCGUAGUAGUCUCCCCCUGCUGGACCUGACUGCCAACCCCUUCCUGACAUACAUCCCCCCCCAGAGGCAGGGUGAAGACCCCCUGUUCUGCCACGCCAGUGAUGUCAUCCUGGAAGUGCUCUACACAGAGCCGCUGUAUCUGGAGCAGGGCAGUGUGCUGGAGAUCAGUGGCCACCACCAGAUGAGCCAGACCACGGCCAACGCCAAGAAGGACCCCAGCUGCAAGGUGUGCAACAUCAGUGUGGGCCGCUGA